UUUUGUCAUCCUCACCAUCGACCUCCUCUUUGUAACAGCCACUCCUCCACCUCCAACCACCACAAGCCUCAUCCAUCUGAAGAUGGUGACCGUCAACGAAGUUCGCAAUGCCCAGCGCGCCGAAGGCCCAGCCACCGUGAUGGCCAUCGGCACUGCCACUCCCCCAAAUUGUGUGGAUCAAAGCACCUAUCCUGACUACUACUUUCGCAUCACAAAUAGCGAACACAAGACUGAGCUCAAAGAGAAGUUCAAGCGAAUGUGUGACAAGUCUAUGAUCAAGAAACGUUACAUGCACUUGACAGAGGAGAUCCUGAAAGAGAACCCCACUGUUUGUGAAUACAUGGCAGCUUCCCUGGAUGCUAGGCAGGACAUGGUGGUGGUGGAGGUACCAAAGCUAGGCAAAGAGGCAGCCGCAAAGGCCAUCAAGGAGUGGGGUCAGCCCAAAUCCAAGAUCACCCACCUAGUCUUCUGCACCACCAGCGGUGUUGACAUGCCCGGUGCUGACUACCAACUCACCAAGCUGCUAGGCCUCCGCCCAUCGGUGAAGCGCUUCAUGAUGUACCAACAGGGCUGCUUUGCUGGUGGCACGGUUCUGCGCCUUGCCAAGGACCUUGCCGAGAACAACAAGGGCGCCCGUGUCCUUGUUGUCUGCUCUGAGAUCACUGCUGUUACUUUCAGGGGACCUAGUGACACUCACUUGGACAGCCUUGUUGGGCAGGCACUUUUUGGCGAUGGGGCGGCCGCUGUUAUAGUUGGUUCCGACCCGAUCCCAGGGGUGGAGAAGCCCAUGUUCGAAUUGGUUUCAGCAGCCCAGACAAUCCUCCCCGACAGCGAUGGCGCCAUCGAUGGGCAUCUCCGGGAAGUGGGGCUGACCUUCCACUUACUUAAGGAUGUGCCCGGCCUCAUUUCCAAGAACAUUGAAAAAAGCCUGAAUGAGGCCUUCCAGCCUUUGGGCAUCAAGGACUGGAACUCCAUUUUCUGGAUUGCACACCCUGGUGGGCCUGCAAUCUUGGAUCAAGUUGAGGAAAAAUUAGCCCUAAAGCCUGAGAAGUUACGCUCCACACGACACGUCUUGAGCGAGUAUGGUAACAUGUCAAGUGCUUGCGUGUUGUUUAUUUUGGACGAGAUGAGGAGGAAGUCGGCUGAGGAAGGGCUGAAGACCACGGGUGAGGGGCUGGAAUGGGGCGUGCUCUUCGGUUUCGGACCAGGGCUCACUGUUGAGACCGUGGUGCUCCACAGUGUGUCUACUUGAGGGACUAAAAAAUAUCUACUGUUUCCACUUUACUUGCCUGAUUUGGUUUUCCCCUUCUCUUGUUGGUAUUGGACUCUAUUUCGAAGUUGUGUGUGGGUAGGCAUCAAGGGUAUGGUGUAAUAGAUUGCAUUUGAAAAAACAACUUGUAUACCAACUUAUGAUAAUAAUGAUGAUAUGCUUUUUCUAGC